CCCAUGCCUGUUAAUGCAACACAAUUCUACUCCGAUGCGCUCUGCAUAAAUUGGGAGAACAGUGCACAAAACUCUGCAUCCAGAGGACACUGAUCCAAUUCUAAUCAAAGUAAAUAUAUAUUCUGCUUGGCCAAACAUUUUUUUUCUUUCGAGUGAGAACAAACAUUAAUGUUGAUCCCUGUCAAUACCCUACUCCCCCAAUGGUAAUGCCUUUCUUUAACUCGAUGUGGAAAUCCAAUUAAUUUUGCCAUUAUCAAAAACAGGCUAGCCCAGGUUGGCGCAAGGUAACAACGCAUUAGCCAGUGUUCAUGAACGCUUGACUGGGUGCAAGUGGAUUUGGUCCUCGGAAAAUUGCUUUGUGAGGGGGUGUGGAGCGACCUACAGCUACAUUUUAGCCUGCCUCGCACAGCUAAAUCGAGAGGUCAUUCUUUUGACUUGGAUGCUUCUGUCAGAUUGCUGCCCGUUGUUAUCUCUCUCGUCAGCCAGGACCCCAUGCAGUUGUCAAUGCAGGUGCCCGAGUGUAAUUCAUUUUGAUGGAUUCUGAAUGUUUCGCUGCUCUUAGAAAGAAAACAAAGACUCUUGUUAUUGGUAAUCUAGCUGGCGUAAAUAAAAUGUGUGAGCUGCGCUUCUGCUGCACCAGAAGGAGGACUCACCAAUGCAAGAUGAUUCCCAUACAGCAAAAGUAAACAAAAAAAUACAAGGCUAUGAGGGGCUGGAGCAGAAGCUGAAGGAGGUCUUCACAGAGCGGACUGGCAUCCUGCGUCAACUUUCCAAGACUACAAAGGAACUGGACAGCAUAAAAGGCAACCUUCAGACACUGAAAAAUGAUGACUCCGUGACCAAGAAGGAUGUCCAGAGAAUCCUGGAACUCAGCCACAAGCAGAGGGAAGAGAUGAAGUCCCUCCAGACUGCAUUGCAGAAGCAGCUGGACGAGGCAACGGAACAAGCCGAGAAACAGCAGGCCACAAUCAAGUUCCUCAAGAUGGAGAUGGAGAAAAAGACCAAAAUAAUCAAGGACCUGCAACAGGAGAACAAGAGCUUGAAAAAUAAACUGCUAUCUGGCAACAAGCUGUGUGAUGUCCAUGCUGAAGAGUCCAAAAAAAUCCAGGCUCAACUGAAAGAGCUGCGGUACGGGAAAAAGGAUUUAGUUUUCAAGGGACAGCAGCUAAUGGAUCUGGAGCACAAGUUGACCAUUGCCAAAGAAGAGUUGGAAAAGGCCGCACUGGACAAGGAGUCUCAGUUGAAGGCACUGAAGGACACAGUGCACAUCUGCUUCUCUGCUGUUCUGCACAACCAGCACACCAGCAGCCACAGGUUCCCCGCCACCCCCACCCACUUGUUCAGAUACUCCUCACUCGUCAACAGCUCCAGAGUCACCUUUCAGCAGCCACAUGCCAAGGAUAUCCCGAAGGUUCAGAGAAUCAUCAUGGCCAGUAAAUCGCCUGCGAACAUUGGGGUAAUGAGGAGAGAAAGUAAUCCCGGAGUCAAGGACUGCCAGAUGGAAAAGAUUGGCGGGGAUUGCUUCCAAAACCAGACGGAGACAGAAUCCUCUCCCGACAGUAAAAAGCUGCUUGAACAGCAGUCAGCAGCUCUGGACGUUAUGUUUACCCCGGACCAGGCCCUGAUCAUCCAGGUCUUGAAAAGAGGAAGUGGAGGCGAAAGAGAGCAAAGGACCGCAGCGCAGAUUGGAAAAUCUAAUGCAAAGCCUUCCGAUGACAGGGAGGAUGUAGAGGGAGGCAGCAAAAACACAAAACUACACAAAAACAACUGAAUGGAUGGGAUAUCAAUGGAGAUGCAUAAAAUCUGGAGAUCUUUUUUUCAGAGCACAUACUUGUGCGCGCACACACACACACACACACACACACACACACAGUUUGCAGACGAGACACAGGAAUUGUUGGAUGAAAACAAACUUCUCAACCGUGAAAUUUUUAACUUUCUCGAUUGAAAACCUGCAUAAUAAAAUGGCAUGCAUUCUAGACUUCUUUUAAAGGUAGCAAUGGCACUGGUAACUUGUUUUAUGAUUGUUCAUUGUUUUUUUUUCCAGAGUGAGGACACUACUUUCUACAGUAAAUGUGUGUUAUUUCUAAAUAAAUCCCUUUGCACUGGUAAGGUCAUGAUAUCCUGGUAUGUAAGUACUCCCAUUAUCAAAAACUGCUGUAACACCAAACUUACAAAUAUGGUUUGUCAGUCAUUGUAGCAAGGUUAAUUUACUCUCUCCUCCAUAUUUUGAACUAUAUAGGCUCUCAAGUUGGCUGGCCAACUUCUUUCAACAUUUAAUAUUUCAGAGCUCUUUCUGCCUUUAACAUGCUAGAGGUGAAGAGCCAAAGACUCACAAUGAGUCGUCUCCCUGAGAAUGUGCCAUGCACUGAGUAGUUACUCCUAGCUACAUUUAUUUCUGUUAUUUGACCUUUCUGUGUUCUUUCAAUAAACUGUGAUUUUCAGUAAAUGUGUGAAGAUUAAAUGGAUAUUUGUGGAGAA